CUGGCAACUUCGAGCUACAGCCUGGGCAAAAUAUCCUACUACGAACCAGAACCCGGGUUCAGGUCCUACCAGAAACGGGUUGCUGACGAGCCAUACCGAACCCUGAGACAGAGCUUUUAUCCUCCUGUUGACGACUUCGUUGGAUCUGCUGUAAUGCGGGAAGACGAUGAUGUGAUCGAUGGAGAUGAGCUGCAGCAAGAGCUUCUCGAAGAACUCGCUCCAUUGCUGCAAAAGGCAGCUGAGAAUAACUACAACCAGCAACAGUCGCUGCAACAAAAGGAGCCUGAAUCUCCGGAUCAGGUGAACGAGCUGUUGGAUCCGGGUUACGUUCCGGAUGCGGAUGCCGCGGCGUUUUUGGAGUACCUAGCCAAUAAUGAAAACCAUUGGGGGAACAAUUUUGACUACGAUCAGCAGUCAUUUCCCGAGACUCCUGCGAAAUCCGUCAAUGCCGCAAUCGUUGAAAAGAACUCGCUAAAGAAAGUGAUGCCUGAACCGUUCCCGAUUACCCGUCAGAAAACCGCUUCGAAACCCGAUAAGGAGUCGAUCAAAACACAGCCCAUGAAAAGUACAACCGCUCCGACAACAGUUGAAGUAACAAAAACUACGGCGACGACAGCGACGCAAACGACUCCCAUGCCGUCAGUUGAGCCAAGUGUCAUGGAAGCAGUAAAACAAUUCUUACUGCAGAAACGGAACCAUGAAAUCGGACAAAAGCAACGGCCGACGAAACGAUUCAUCACGGAACCACAAACCUUGCUGCGUCAAAGGACAGUCAUUGACAGCCUUGCUUGAACGAAGUUUUCUAAAAUUUUGUUGAAGGAUUCCAACCCUAUAUUGUGUUGAAUGCGUUUUAUAUAGAGCCGGAUUUUUGUGUGCCCUCCAUUCACAAAGGAUUCCCAUAUUGCGUGUGAGAGAGGGCAAUGACACGAACUUGGCGGAAUGUUUUCUCUUUGUGCCAAUGUUCCUUUGUUUCAUCCUCUUUCCCCUGUUUUUCCCCUCUCCUUUUUCUAGGAGCUAAAAGAGAGAGGAAGUUUUUUGCUUAAAAAAAGCGUUAUUCUGUGAUAUGAACCGAGUUUACGAAAUAUCUGCAGAAAAUUUCGUUGUGUUCUUCCCCCUUUCUGGAAGGUUCAUCGACUUGUUUUGACAAGUACAAAGUUUGGUCGGAAGAAUUUUAUUUUGAAUCUGCGCGCGAUUAUUUUUGUUUCCUCGCUGAAAGGGUUUCGUUGUCUUGAAUUGACGAACGAUUCAGUAUUCACUGGUAACAUAUAUCAUAUAUUCGCGGUCAAGAUAUUGGUGCUGGAGAGGCGAACGACUUUGGGAAAAAUGAAACGAAAUUUCGAAACGGAGUAAGA